AUGAGGCGGGCGCUGCUGACCGCGCUGCUGGCGUCGCUGCUGCUCUCCCCGCUGCGCCCCGCCGGGCCCCGCAGCAGCGCCGAGGCCGCGCCCCGCCCGAGCCGGUCCCUGCGGGGCCCCGCGCAGCGCCCCGAGCCGGUCCCGCUGCUGCGCGCCCUGCGGCCCGUGGGCGGCCUGGCGCGGGCCAGGCGCGAGGAGCCGCCGCUCUCCAUCGACCUGACCUUCCACCUGCUGCGCCACAUGCUGGACGUGGCGCGGGCGCAGAGCCAACGCGCGCAGGCCGAGCAGAACCGGCUCAUCUUCGACUCGGUGGGCAAGUGA